AGCGCACGGAACUGGAGCCGCGCCCCGCUCCCAGCAUGGAAGGAGGAAACGCGGGGUGCAGCCGGCAGCUUCCCGAGCGGGCGGGUCCCGCGGAGAGUGAGCCGGACGUCUUCACCACUUUUGCGGUCAGAGCACUUUUUGGACUUACAGCUAAGUUGGAAUCGGUAACUCCCAAAGAAGAAGAAGCAGUGCUUAAAGCGUUUCAACCUUUGCACACCAGUGUCAACACUCAGGCUAAGAAUCGGUAUGAGAGGAAUGAUAAUGACAGUGUUGACGACUCAGAAAACCAGCACGGCGCGGGCUGUACCAGUGACCAGGCUGACCCGGUGUCUGGCAGCUGUGCUGAACUGGAGCCGGAGCCGGCAGGACAGAAUGAAAUACUUCUUCCCCAUUUAAGGUCUGUACAGACUUCUUUGUCUGAAUCUGACAACGAUGCUAUUCUCGUACAAGGUACUUUGGUUCACACAACAAGUGACACGGAAUCAGAUGGUGAGAGUAAGUACCCAGAUGCUGAUGAAACCAGCACAAGCAAAUGUGGGCAAAACAAUGCUGCUUUGUUUUCUGUGACUUUGGACAGUAACAAUCAAAGUGAGGAAGAGUCAAACUCAGAAGGGUACAGACACAGCAAUGACACUGUGGGUAGAGAUGACACUGAGUUAUACCCACCAAUUUCUCAGUGGCUUCCCAGUGAGCUGGACAGCGUUCUGGAGUGUGACUCCAGUGGCAAAGACAGAACGUUUAUGGAUGAGCAGUUUAGUUCCUUGCUUGCUACAGGGGAAUGCCCUCCAGAAAUUCCGGGUGAGGAUCAAAGACGACCUUCAGUUGAUAAUGUAUCUCUCCAUAAAGCAGCACUGGCUGAAAAAAGUUUCCAGCUGCCUGCUUUCUUUAGUGGCCUACGUGUGAGGAAAAAGGGACUAAACACAGACGAUGGGGAAACUAUUACAGAAAUUAAACCAAGGGAGAAUGAUUUAGCUCUGCUUAAAUUACGACAGCCUGUUAAGAAAUCCAACAUUACAUCAGGUUUGACCACAAAAAAAAAAUCAUCUGAACCUAAGGCAAGUCCCACUUUCCUGGAGCAGCUCUCUCAGCUGUUGAACAUAGACGUCUCCAAGAAUGACGAGAGAACCCAGGAUUCUGGUGCAGGGUUCGGGGAGAUUGAGGACAGCGAUGAAGGCCCAGAGAACAAAGCCUCUGGCAAAACAGAACCAUUAUUUCCCUCUGAAGAAAUAAAAUCAAGCCCUGCUGAAUCUGCACUGGACGUCUUUAAAGCUUUAUUCACUCGACCUCCCAAAAAAGAGACAACUGCAGAUCCUUCAGAGCUGGAAGCCAUCAAACGCAAAAUGAGAAAUGAGAAAGAGUCCUUGAAAGCUGUAUUUGAAAGGUCAAAAUCUAAACCUGGCGACGGACCAUCAGACAAAUCUCCUGAUCUGAGUCCCUCAGAGCAAGAUGACAAGACUCCAGGGAGACUCCAGACUGUCUGGCCACCACCAAAAGCAAAUCAUGAAGAAGUAAAAGUAGGAUUAAAGUACACAGAAGCAGAAUACCAAGCUGCCAUUUUGCAUUUAAAGAGGGAACACAAAGAAGAAAUUGAAACAUUAAAGUCUCAGUUUGAACUCAGGGUAUUCCAUAUCCGUGGAGAACAUGCUGUAUCAACUGCUCAGCUUGAGGAAACGAUUGCACAUCUGAAGAAUGAACUUGAUAAUAAAUUGCACAGAAGGAAUGAAGAAGCAAGGGAUAUUGGUGUUUCUACUGAAGAUGAUAAUCCACCAAAGACAUACCGAAAUGUAUGUAUACAGACUGACAGAGAAACGUUUAUAAAGCCUAGUGAAGAAGAAAACAGAGCUGUGAAAAACAACCAAAUAGUACCAAAAAAGCUUAAUAUUUCAUCUUUGACACAUAGUAUUUCUACCCAAGGUGAAAAUAAGGACAGUUAUGAUGUACCAUCUUCAGAAAGUGUCUUGUCUUGUCAACCAAAACAAAUGCUGCCUCCACCACCUCCACCACCACCUCCACCACCUCCACCACCUCCUCCCUUCACUGAUUCUUCAUUAAAAGGUUUAGUUCCUCCACCACCACCUUUGCCAAUGGGUCCAACUUCAGUGACACCUCACUUUGCAUCUGGGCCUUCACUGCCACCUCAACUUUCUGAAGGCUGUAGGGAUUUUCAAGCACCAUCACCACCAGCACCACCACCACUUCCAGGGUUGGGACCUCCUAUUCCUCCUCCACUGCCUGGAUCUGGGUUACCUCCACCCCCCCCACCCCCAGGACCUGGGCUCUUUUUUAAUAGCACUUUAUCUUCAAGUCAAGGUCCUCGGAAACCUGCCAUUGAACCUAGCCGUCCCAUGAAGCCUUUGUAUUGGACACGGAUACAAUUGCAAGGCAGCAGGAAAACUGCCAUACCAACAUUAUGGGAAUCACUAGAAGAACCUGAUAUACUUGAUACUACUGAGUUUGAAUAUUUGUUUUCCAAAGACACCACUCAGGAAAAAAGAAAACCGUUAUCAGACACAUAUGAAAAAAAAAGCAAGGCCAAAAAGGUAUUUCAUUUUUCUUUGUAUUAACUUUCUUCUUUAUUU